AUGUUCCUGGGAGAUGGCAUGUCGGUGCCCACAUUGACUGCUGCGCGCACCCUGAUGGGGCAACGUGACAACCGUCCCGGCGAAGAAUCGCAACUUGCCUUUGAGGCCUUCCCCACCGUCGGCCUUGCUAAGACAUACUGCGUGAAUGCACAAAUCGCCGAUUCGGCGUGUACAGCGUCAGCGUACCUUUGUGGCGUGAAAGCUAAUCGCGGCACCAUCGGCGUGACAGCGGCUGUCCCGCGUUUUCACUGCGUCGCCGCAGAAGAAGAGCAGCACCAGCUGAGCUCUAUCGCUGCAUGGGCCUUGGAGGACGGAAGGGACGCCGGAAUAGUGACGACAACGCGCGUGACGCACGCGUCGCCCGCGGGAGCGUACGCGCACACGGCGGCGCGCGACUGGGAGAGCGACGCGGACGCGCGCGUCGACUGCGGGACCGACGCCGUGCAGCGUGACAUCGCGCACCAGCUCGUGCACUCUUACCCUGGCAACCAGUUCAAGGUAAUCUUGGGCGGCGGUAGACGUGAGUUCCUGCCUGAUACCGUCAUUGACGAAGAGGGCACACCCGGAAGGAGGUCUGAUGGUAAAAACUUAAUCGAGCAAUGGCAAGUCGAUAAGAUUUCUCGCAACGUCAGUUACCAAUACGUCUGGAACCGUGAUCAACUUAUGAGUGCCGUUGAAUCACAGCCAGACUAUUUACUUGGAUUAUUUGAAGGCAGUCACAUGCAGUAUCACAUGCAAGCGAACAAGACUACAGAACCAUCUCUAGCCGAGCUAACAGAGGCUGCAAUUAAAGCUUUAAGUCGCAACGAAAAGGGUUUCUUUUUAUUUGUAGAAGGUGGACGCAUUGAUCACGCUCACCAUGAUAAUUUAGUACAUCUGGCAUUGGAUGAAACUAUAGAACUAAGUGCAGCAGUAGCUCGUGCAACAGAAUUGUUGUCGGAGGAAGAUUCUCUAAUAGUAGUGACAUCAGACCAUGCGCAUGUAAUGUCUAUCAACGGAUAUACGUACCGUGGUGGAGACAUCCUCGGGCCUUCUGAUGACUUGGGUGAUGAUGGAAUACCUUACAUGACUCUAUCGUAUAGUAAUGGUCCUGGGUACCGCCCAUACAGCAACGGUGUCCGUGAAGAUGUUACCAAGUAUGAUUACCAUGACAUAGAGUUCUUGGCACCAGCAGCCGUGCCACUGGAGUCAGAGACGCACGGCGGUGACGAUGUGGCGGUGUUCGCACGCGGGCCGCAGCACCAGAUGUUCUCGGGUCUGUACGAGCAGAGCCAACUGCCGCACCUCAUGGCAUACGCGGCCUGCAUAGGUCCCGGCCUGCAUGCAUGUGACUAA